AUGGCAGAGAGUGCUGUGAACUUCUUAAUACAAUACUUGGGGCCUUUGCUGGUGAAUGAAGUGCAGUCGUUGAAGGGGGUCGGCAGAGAAGUCCGUGAACUCAUAAAUGAGUUUGAAAGCAUCAGAUCCGUCUUAAGGGAUGCUGAUGCAAGACAAGAUACCGAUGAAGGCCUCAAGACAUGGGUGAAACAAAUAAGAGAAGUGGCUUACAACAUUGAGGAUGUUCUCGACGAGUUCAUGGUCGGCCAAGCACAAGAGCAGCAGGGUGCUCGGAGAUGCAUCAAUUUUCUUCAUAAACUCAUCAAGCAGCCUAUGGUGCGCCAUAAGACUGCAUCAUCAAUACGAGAUAUCAAAACCCGAGUCCAUAGUGUUAAAGAAAGAAAAGAUGCUUACUCUCUGGAUAGUAUGGAGCAAACUUCAAGCUCCAAAAAAAUGAGUGAUCAAUGGUAUGAUCCUCGACUGAAAGCUCUUUUCAUUGAGGAAGUUGAUCUUGUGGGCAUCGAUGUACCAAGGCGUCAAUUGAUUGAAUGGUUGGUCGAUAAAGAUUCAAGACUUUUGACGAUUUCAGUGGUCGGGAUAGGUGGCAUUGGCAAGACCACUCUGGUAAAGAAAGUCUAUGAUAACCAACAGGUGAAGAAAUGUUUUGAAACAUAUGCUUGGAUCACUGUCUCACAAUCGUUCAAAGCGGAGGAACUGCUUCGAAGCAUGGUAAAGCAAUUCUUUGAGGAGAAGAAAGAUCCAUCUCCCCAAGCCGUAUGGAAUUUCAUACGCAAUGCAUUGCCCAAUAACGAAUAUGGUAGCAGGGUAAUCAUCACUACACGCAAAGGUGACGUCGCAUCAUCUUCUUGCAUUGGACCCUCCGAUCUCAUCUACAAUCUCAAACCUCUGCAUGCAACAGAGGCUUGGUCCCUCUUUUGCAAGAAGAGAAAUGGUCAAAAAGUUGAAGACAUACGUGUCAUUGAAAAGGCACUGCGAUCUCUCACAACCAAGUUUGAGCACGUGGUUGUGGUGAUCGAAGAAUCAAAGGACUUGGACAAACUGUUCAUUGAAGAACUGGGGGGAUUGUUGCAAGUGCAUGAGCAACGAAUGCAAAAGAAUGCUGGUUCAACACUUGAACAUGCCUUAGAGUCUAAGUUGACUCUAAAAGAACAAAAGAAUGAUCAUACACAACGAGGCGGACAUGGCACUAGCAAUCGUGCAAGAGGAAAUAGCCGACCGAUCUUUGAUGAAUUCAAGAAGGCCAUAUUUAAGGAGUUCGAGAUGACCGACGAAGGUCUCAUAUCCUUUUUUCUGGGCAUUGAAGUGAAGCAACAACAUGGCAGUAUCUACAUAUCUCAGAAGAAGAAGAACGGACAGAGGUUCUGCACGCAGGACGACUGGAUCCUGGAAUCAGGCUCUGAUCUGAGCUAUACAAACUUGAGGAUUGGGGAAUCCGACCCUCCCCAAGAUAUCCGGAAGAGGAAAAAGGAAACAGGGACGGAGUACUCUGCUGAUUUCGCACGCAGGUAA